ACUACUCAAGGGACAGGGCCUUUCGGGUACUCUCCCACUAAACUUGACAAGUCUCCCUUUUCUGCAAGAAUUUGACCUAACUCGAAACUAUCUUAAUGGCACUAUUCCUCCAGGGUGGGGUUCUUCUACGCGACUCAUUAAGAUAGUCCUUGAGAACAAUGGUCUUUCAGGAACUUUGCCUGCAGCGCUGAGGGAUCUACCCAAAAUUGAGAAAUUACAUCUUGGUUCCAACUAUUUUACUGGGACAAUACCUGAAACCUUUGCUAGUCUGACUUCAUUGAAGGAAUUUCGGAUUAGUGACAACAAUUUUACAGGACAAAUUCCUGACUUCAUAUUCCGAAAUUGGACAAAUCUUGAAAAGAUAUAUAUUGAGGGAAGUGGUUUGAGUGGACCAAUUCCAUCCAUUAAUGCUACUUUACUUAACUUAACAUACAUAAUAAUUAGUGACUUGAAUGGAGCUGAAACAAAUUUUACACAACCACUCAUCAAUGCCAGUUUGCCUAAAUUGAAAAGACUGAUGAUGAGGAGUUGCAAUCUCAUUGGAGAGAUACCUGCUUCUUUUGGGAGAUUUACAUCCAUAAAGAUAUUAGAUCUCAGCUUUAAUAGACUCACUGGAGAAAUUCCAAAUCAGCUUUCUGGCCUUAAUUUCGAUAAUUUGUUCUUAAAUGGAAACAAUUUUACUGGAUCAGUCCCUCAAUGGGUACAGAAAACAAACGAAAAAGUGGAUCUUUCAUACAACAACUUCAAUGACACAGGUGAAUCAAGCUGUCAAAUAAGCAAAACCGUGAGCAUUGCAAGACUCAAUAACACGGGAAUUGUUCCAUGUUUGACAAGCCAAAUUACCUGCUCAUCAGAACCUUUGCACUUUGUCCAUAUAAACUGUGGAGGGAGAGAAAUAACUGUUAAUGACACCACUUAUGAAGCCGAUUUUGAUGGAGCCGGGCCUUCGACAUUUUACCAAAGUACCAACUGGGCAUUUAGCAGCACCGGAAUUUUUCUAAGCGAUGACCGCCCUAACGACAUCUUAGUUUUGGACAAUAGACAAGUUUCUGUUGAUGGCGAUGAAAAACAACUCUACGAAAGUGCAAGGCUUGCGCCUAGCUCUUUGACGUACUAUGCAUUUUGUCUCGCCAAUGCAACUUACUUAGUAAACCUCCAUUUCGCUGAGAUUCAGUUCACUAAUGAUCGAAAUUAUAGCAGCUUGGGGAGACGCAUAUUUGAUGUUUACAUUCAGGGAGAGCGGGUGCUGAAGGAUUUCAAUAUUAAAGAAAAAACAGGAGGGGCAGGCAUACCAACAGUAGAACCAUUCAAUGCAAAUGUAACCGAUGGCACUUUAGAGAUUCGUUUCCAAUGGACCGGAAAAGGGACAACUUCUAUACCCGAGAGAGGCAUUUACGGCCCUCUAAUAUCAGCAAUAUCCAUUUUUGAUCCUAAAUAUAAACCUGGUAGUAUCUCAGUAGCUGCAGUGGUCGGUAUUGUGGCCGGAGUAGUGUUUGCUGCUUUACUGAUUUUAGGCAUCCUUUGGUGGAAUGGCUGUUUAAGACGGAAGAGUACAUUGGAACAAGAUCUAAAAGGUAUAGAGUUGCAGACAACUUCCUUUACCUUAAGGCAAAUUAAAGCUGCUACAAACGAUUUUCAUGCUUCUAAUAAAAUUGGAGAAGGUGGUUUUGGUCCCGUCUACAAGGGCACUCUGGCAGAAGGCACGAUGGUUGCUGUUAAGCAGCUAUCAGCUCGAUCGAAGCAAGGAAACCGUGAGUUUGUGACUGAGAUUGGCAUGAUUUCAGCUCUACAACACCCUCAUCUUGUAAAGUUGUAUGGAUGUUGCAUUGAAGGAAACCAACUGAUGCUUAUAUACGAGUACCUGGAAAACAACAGCCUUGCUCGUGCAUUAUUUGGGCCACAAGAAUCUCAGUCGAUAUUAGACUGGCCAACAAGAAAGAAGAUCUGCAUUGGUAUAGCAAGAGGAUUAGCUUACCUCCAUGAAGAAUCAAGGUUGAAGAUUGUGCAUAGAGACAUCAAGGCCACCAAUGUGUUGCUUGAUAAGAAUCUAAACCCUAAAAUAUCCGACUUUGGUUUGGCUAAGCUUGAUGAAGAAGAUAAUACCCACAUUAGCACCCGAAUUGCAGGAAUAGUAAGUCUCUUUUCAGAUUCAUUCUCACUAUUGAUUGAUGUUAACCUAUAAAAAGCUGUAUUUAAUUGACGAUGUUAAAUUUCCAGUGGCUAUAUGGCUCCUGAGUAUGCAUUGCAUGGCCAUUUGACAGAGAAAGCGGAUGUUUAUAGUUUUGGGAUAGUGGCUCUUGAAAUUGUUAGUGGGAGGUGCAACACUAGAAUCCGCCCAAAGCAAGAACCUUUCAUUCUCCUUGAAUGGGCUCUUGUUUUGAAGGAGAAUGGGAACUUGUUGGAAUUUGUCGAUACAAGGAUUGGCUCGGAUUGCGACAAAAACGAGGUGAUGAUAAUGAUAAAUGUUGCUCUAUUAUGCACAAAUCCCACUGCUUCAGCUAGACCUCCAAUGUCUUCAGUGGUGAGCAUGCUUGAAGGCAAGGCCGAAGUUCAGGAAUACUGCACAGAUUCAAUGUCCUAUUCAAGUCGUCAAAAGAAUGUUGAAACUAUGAAAAAGCUGCAUAGGAAACUUGAAGAUGAUGAUGAUGUAGAUAUUAGCCAGACAAAGAGUAUGUUAGGUGAUGCGCCAUGGACCACUUCUUCAACAUCUGCUGCUGAUCUCUAUCCUGUUAGUUUGACUUCUGGGUAUUGGCAGAAUAGAGAUUCCACAAACUAGAAACAAUUUUCUAUCACCAUUUUGCUGCUGGAAUAAGUUCAUAGAGAAUCAGACAACGUAUAAUUCCCCUCCCCCUCCCAGAAGUUUAGUACUCCUUUGAACCCAAGGCUUAAUUAGCCCUUUUGUCCAAUAAAUUUGACGGUGGAAUUUUGAUAUUUGUAUACCUCUUUUCUCUCAUUAUCAAACUACAAUAACCACCAUUGACUUAGUCACAACAAUAAUGUUGAGUUUUCAAUUAAUAACAAGGAUCAAAAU